UACUGGAAAAAAAAAGAAAAAAUCAAACUCCACACACUUACGGCUAUCACGUACACAAUUGACGUCAAACUCGACAAAUUGGAACAAGUCAAUGAGUAUCCAGUUUCGAUAGGUGUUGAACUGUGUGACGUCACGUCAUCCCUACAGUCUCACGCAAUGCCACGGCAUUUCGUAAAGCGUUUUUAUUCGGCUCAAGUUCUGGUUUUUACCUGGUGGAUGAUGACGUAAACCAACAAGGUUCCCAGCCAAUGUCUCCGUACCAGGCUACUACCAGAGACGAAAAUUAGGGGGUCUAUAUGUAACCACUUCCGUCCGUCAGCCAUUCGACGUUCGUCAAAAUCGCUAUUGCUAACAAACGUUUCGGCCUUCCAAAGGCGAAGACAGGCCUGCCAAACGGGAUUUCAAAAAAAACAAAAAAAUGAAAAUGUCUGGAACAACUGGCGAUUCUAUUCUUGAAACGCUUCGGGCGGAUUUAGCGCUCAGCUUGAUCCCAUCCUCUCCUUUUUUUUGCGGCUUACGCCAUUUCGGAUUCCGACAUGCGCAAUCACAUUUAUGGACACCAAUUGUAAUGGUGAAUAAUUGCUCGAACUUGACGGGAGGGGGGAGGCCAUAAGAUGGCGGAGGGGAAAAAGAGACGGCCAUGUUUCGCCAAAAAAGCCGACGCCGGCUGAUGCAACAAUUGGGUACACUCACGUUUCCCCCCCCCCUUUUCUGUUUAUGGACAUGAUGAUAAACCAUUCACGCCUUUCGACAGCUUAAAUGUUGAGCCGCGUGAUCGAUGAUUCAUUAAGUUUGGCCAACCCUGGGCAAGGUCAGUUGGCCCCAAUGUCGAUGAUGCAUUGAAACGUGCCGGAACGUUGAUACGGUAAAUGGAGCCACAUCGUUCCAGGCGAUUUGAAUAGAUUCGGGUCGGAAGACAUGAGCAAAUGCUACUGAAAAAUAAAAAAAGUGGUCAGCUGUUAGCGUUCCAUGAGAGCAAUACGUUCCAGCCUGAGGUUCUCAACUGGGAAUGAAAUUGGACUUGGAUGAAUGUGGUCAUAAACAUUCCUGCAUAUAACCAAACGUUUGAGGCUAAAUCCUUGUCAUACCCGACACACCUUCUGCCCAGCUGAUACAGUACCUGUGGGCCAUUUGGAUGUCCACGUUCCGAGUGAAUAUUUUUUAAAAAAGGACAAACAUUGUUGCAUGUUAUUUGUAUUAAAUUUCAUUGCUUAAAGCACACUGACGUGAAGCACUGACUAAUGGAGCUAAACGCAUCCAUCUUGUUAACCCAACAAAAAGAUGAGACACUUUGAUUGAUCGCAAGUAACUGUGAAGUAACUGUGAAGUAACUGUGAACUUCAUUGCAAACGGAAGCAGAACGGUUGAAGCAAAUUCCUUAUAAUGCACAACUUUCGAAUAGUGUUUGGUAUAUGCCAGCGUAAGAAACCGGAUCUGCAAAUAUGCCUUGUAUGCUAAUAAGAGGCCAAUUAUUGCGUGAGUUUGCCGAAUGAAAUCAGUUGAACGCGAUCGAAACUGACUCACGGCUCUGAACGAUGCAAUGAAAUUCGUAUAUCAUUUUAUUUUUUUUUACUAAGAAAACUAGGAGAGGUGCACACCUGGGAACAGUUCGAAUUCCACGAAUGGCAAUGGCUUAAUGUAUUCACAAAUAAUUAUAGGCAAUUCGUAUGUGAAUCGUCUUUUUUCAAUGCCAGUGGUCAUGGCUUCGGCUAAAACCGUUCAAAAAAACAACCUUGGCAACGGAUUGCUAUUAAUAUUUAUUGAGUUAUACACAAGGCAUGUUAUGAAUGCAAAAAUACGCCUCCUGACCUUGACAUUGAGAGCUUUAAUUCUUUACGUAUGGACAAAGUUCACGUUGUUUUCUUACUUCCACCAGGUGUACAGUUGACAUUAGACUAACACGUGAGACGGACGCAGUCUUCCUCUCAACACCUUCAUUUGUUUUAAGUGUGGGCAGUUUUCACAAGUGAACGAUGGCAACUUCAGGUAACAAUUCACACGCGUACUUUCUUCUUUCGUUCAUCAAUCUGCCAAGUUUACGUUUUAAUAGUCACAACUGAUUGGUAGUUUCACCUUCAUCAGUUCUCACUGUUUGGUUGGGUUGAAUAGUGAUGACUUGCCUUUGAAAUCUUGUGGUUUGCAGUUGAUAAUCAGGUGAUGCUUUUCUCUUUACAUUUUUUGGUUCAUUUCGUUCCACUUUGAAUAAGUGCUUAAUACUUUCCGAGUGAUAUUUCCAUUCGAGUAACAUGAAAGCCACUAAGAUUAGACAAGCAAAAAUGUUCCGAUCGAUUUUAAACAUUUGAAAAGAAGUCCACACGAGUUCCAGGUGCGUUUUGAAUCGACUAUCGGCAACAAAUGUUGUGGUCUUAAUGAACUCGCUGUAUUUUUAAAUGAUAUCCAGUAGCAAAUAAGAUUGAAUGUAGGGCAAAGUUAGUAAACACUUGUAAAAGACAGACGUUGAAAAGAAUUGAGAGAACAGAUGGUUAUGUUUUAACAAAGCCGAGUUGCCCAACCCAUUUGCCUAGACACGCUAUCUCGUUCGGGGGGUUAGGUUAGCAAUUUUGAGAUGAUUGAACGUGUGCGUUACAGGUGUUUGCCAGACAUGCAAGUGCAGUAAUGUGAUAGAAGCGCAUCUCCUCUAUCAGCUCAAAGCUGAAUGAACGUUUGCUAUGGGAGCUGACCAGCUUGUCUUCUUGCUGACUGGAACAAUGUUCCACGUUGACCUUAAACACGUCUACAUCAACGUAUCUAUGCAGUUCAUAAACAAAUAGAUCACAUUUUGUAUGUAAAACUAAAGUUUAAGAGGAAAUUCGUUUGGUUAGUGGUACGUUCUUCCGGCGGUUAUCAUUUCUACAUUAGAAGACAUUAUGGUUUAAUUAAAUAAAAAAGAUGAGGGUGAACAGACACACCUGAUAAAGGUAAUUGAUGAUUGUUCAUGCCAAAUAUGAACAUGUUUUUGAAUCUACAUUAGCUGUAACGUGGUAAUCGGAUCUAGUUUUGUUUCAAACCACAGUAAGACAAAUCUUUAAACCUUAUGGGGUUUCAACGUUCUCUUAACGUCUGUGUUGCGGAAAAGUCGAAAUAAAACACCGAAAGCCGAAUUAAGGUUCUGUAUUUAGGCCCGAGCAAAAAUCAACGUCCCUUCCACAAGCCCCCAUGUUACUCUCUCUCUCGUCCUUCUUCUUUCCAGAGGGCAAAGGGGGGAGAGGGUCGCCUACAGUCAAGGGUUAGGGAACGAUGGGACAAAACAGCCAAAGGCUAACAGGGACAGGCAAUGCUGGACAAUUCUACAACUGUCCAAUCGUCUGGAAAAACGUUUGAAUUCUGUCAUUCUCCUUUCUACACUGAAACAGUGUGGAGACGCGUUUCCUCCGUGUGUUUCACAACGUCUACGAUCAAUCUUGAAUCUUGACAAAACCUCUAUAGUAUGGCUGUCCAAAUUCGAAAAUUGCAUGAAACUAGUUGGUGUGCCGACUGGGAUGUAGAUUUGGAGCAAACGGGUGGAUCAAAGCAAGCGACUUUCGUCUUUCAACGUUACCCUAAAUGCAAACCUAAUUUUAGCCUAACCUGCCAUUAUGGGAAGCUUAAGUCUACCGAUUCAAAGCCAGUUUCACGUUCCAUUAUAUUGCGUCUGACACGGUCUGACAAACAAUCAGAAGUGGAGACGGACGUGUCUGAUGUCAGUCGCAAAAAAGCUCACAAUCCGAUCCGGUACUACGAAACAAUAUCCGUUUCGAUUCGGAUCAACAGUGGAACGUGGUUGAAGAAGGAAACUGGAUUGAUACACGAACUGACUGACACUAAGGAAAGUUGGAGUUUCAAAGAUGCCCGUUUUCAGUUCAAUGCAACAAGUGAUGGCAGUUUGUUGAAGUGCGAGUUCUGCAUCAAAUUUGCCACUUCUAGUGUCAUUGAGAUGUUGGCAGCUCUUGAACGCAUGACGGACUGCUUUUUCCAUCAACAAACGCAUUGUGACGUCCAGUUUUGCUUCCCAAAUGACGAGCAGCCAAUCGGAGCACACGUAAAGAUGUUGUCAUCCGCAAGUUCCGUUUUCGCCGCAAUGUUCCAGCACGAGAUGCAAGAGUCCAAGACGGGUCACGUCCUCAUCCAAGACACGGAACGUAACAUUUUCUAUCAACUAAUUCUUUACAUAUACUCCGGCCAGAUACGGACGUCGUGGACUGAAGGCACAGCUCAAAAGCUUCUCUUGGCAGCUGAUAAGUACAAUGUGACUCAACUUGCCAAAGAAUGCACCAAUUACUUAAUUUCAAACAUCCAAUGGGACAGAGCCGUUGAUUUGAUGAUCUGGGCUAACCUUUAUUCAAUUUAUCAAGUCAAAGAAGCGGCUAUCGAGGUUGUCGUCAAAAAUAGAAAACAGAUUUGCCUUCUGGAUGCCUGGAAGGAGCUGGCGAUUAAUUAUCCUCUCCUUUGUUUGGAGACAACCAGGCGUAUUUUACUGGCAUAAAGUUGCUACUGAUUCUGUUCAACUGUCAGGUGAAUACUAUUGGCCAAAUUUGGUUUUCAUAUCGUUAUCUCUUGUUAGAGAGCAAGUGCUGGAGUAUGCACCAACCCAGAAAUGAUUUCCGUUUGAUUAUUGAAUAAGAAAAUCAUAGAAAAUGUGAAAAGAAAACCAUGUGUGAUUAUUGUGCUCUUUUUACUUCGUUUUACGCGAUGGAAAUUAUGUUUGGCAUCUUGAAAUUUCAGCUGGAAAUGUUGAUGUGAUCAGUUGAAUGACUUUGGGUCAGCAUUGUCAUUUCCCAGCAACGUAUUGGCUCCAUUUCAAUGAUGACAUGAUUUUUGCUUUCCCAUUAUUUUCUAAAUGUUUACCUGUUCGUAUGCCAAUAAUACUGCCUGAUUUGGCAUGUCAGUAUUGAGAAUCCUUCAUGUGUAACUUUCUCUAGCCAUUGCAGAACGUAUUACAUGUUCAUAUUGUUUUUCA